AUGGUCAAGACGACGCAACACACGAUUGAGAACCCGCUGGGGUCACCGUUUCACGUUUUGGUGUCGGCGCCCGAGCCUGAAAUCGACACGCCCAAGAGCCCCAUCAGCAUGGUGGUCUCGACGGGCGCGAACCCGGCCGCGCAGUCGCUGAUGGCGUACGUCUACGCGAUCGGCACGGCCCGAGACGUGUACUCCACGGUCCUGGUCGACACAGUGGACGAUACGGUGCGGGAGACCGCGACGCGGAUCGCGAAGCUGUGUGCAAAAAAGAGCAGCAGGCCGUGCUAUCUGGGCGUGGCCGGCGACGGCGGUGCGGGGACGCUUGCACUUGACCAGCUGCUUCUGUGCCGAGAGUGCGUGAAGCUGGUCGAACGCGCGGCGCAGUGA